AGCUAAAAAAAAAUAGUUAUCCAGUGAUCAAGCAAUACCAUUGGCUGCCUUGUAUUUCCCUGACUUACCUUUCAUUUGCUGCUGCAACUAUUUAUCCUCUGUUUGCCUGGCCGUCAUCUCUUUUAUAAAUCAGGCAUGUUCCCGUAAUUAUCUCACAUCAGAAACCUCUCAGAAUGAUUUAAUGAAAAUAAAAUUGAUUUUUUUUUUUUUUAAAUUUACCCCUAAUAAUUCAAAAGGGAAAAUAAUUACCACCCUAUUUCUGCUUUACAAUACCUAGACAUGUCCCAGUUUGUAAAACCCGACAUCAAAAACUUUACAGUGUGGGACUAUGUUGUUUUUGCCGCUUUGCUCGUCGUUUCGGCAGGAAUUGGAGUCUUCUUUGCCAUCAAGGAGAGGAAGAGAAAAACAUCAAAUGAAUUUUUGGUAGGAGGAAGGCAGAUGACAUGUGGGCCAGUAGCCCUCUCAUUAACAGCUAGUUUUAUGUCAGCCAUUACAGUCCUCGGAACCCCGGCAGAAGUUGUUCGUUUUGGAGCAUUCUACUUGUUUUUCAUCAUUUCCUAUACUUUUGUAAUUGUCUUCUCUGCAGAACUAUUUGUCCCUGUGUUCUACAGGUCUGGGAUUACUAGUACAUAUCAGUAUUUGGAGCUGCGAUUUAACAGAGUUGUCCGAUAUGCUGCAACAAUUAUGUACAUUGUGCAAACGAUACUUUACACUGGAGUAGUGGUGUAUGCUCCUGCGUUGGCGCUCAACCAAGUGACUGGAUUUGAUCUUUGGGGAUCUGUUGUUGCAACAGGCAUUGUUUGUACUUUUUACUGCACUCUGGGGGGCUUGAAAGCCGUUGUAUGGACUGAUGCAUUCCAGAUGGUCGUGAUGGUAGUUGGAUUUUUAACUGUACUGAUUGAAGGAACUAUUCAAAAUGGAGGGCCUUCUAAGAUAUGGGAGACAGCCACGAAUGGAUCCCGUGUAGAUAUUGCCAAUUUUGAUGUAGACCCAUUAAAAAGACACACAUUUUGGACCAUUGCUGUGGGAGGAACAUUUACAUGGCUGGGAAUCUAUGGAGUUAACCAGUCGACAGUACAGAGAUGCAUAUCGUGCAAGUCUGAGAAGCAUGCUAAACUUGCACUGUAUCUUAACUUGCUUGGACUGUGGAUAAUAUUGGUGUGCUCUGUAUUCACUGGACUGAUCAUGUAUGCCCAUUUUGUAAGCUGUGACCCUUGGACUGCGGGAUUUAUAACAGCGCCAGACCAGAUGAUGCCAUAUUUUGUAAUGAACAUAUUUUCAAAAAUGCCAGGGCUCCCCGGACUAUUCGUUGCAUGUGCCUUCAGUGGGACAUUAAGUACGGUGGCUGCCAGUAUCAAUGCUCUUGCUACUGUGACUUUUGAAGACUUUGUCAAGAACAUUUUCAAGAAUAUCUCUGAUAGGAAAAGUACUUGGAUCAGCAAAGGAUUAUGUGUUUUGUUUGGUAUUCUGUGCACUGUAAUGGCCGUUGUAGCAUCAUUUAUGGGAGGAGUUGUGCAGGCUGCACUAAGCAUUCAUGGAAUGUGUGGGGGACCCAUGCUGGGGUUGUUUACUUUGGGUAUCGUAUUCCCAUGGUCAAACUGGAAGGGAGCAUUAGGAGGUCUCCUGAUAGGAAUCAUCAUGUCUUUUUGGGUUGGUAUUGGAGGAUUUGUCUUCCCCCCACCAGUGACCAAAACGUUCCCACUUGAAUUGAGAACUGAUGGGUGCAUUCUUGCCAACAUGACUAUUAAUGGAACAGAGACUCUUGUUACAACCCUUGCCACAGCACUGGACCCCACUCAAGCUCCAGCAAGGUCAGUACUGGCAGAUAACUGGUACAGCUUGUCCUAUCUGUACUACAGUGCUGUUGGGUGCCUAUCGUGCAUUAUAUCUGGGCUGCUGAUCAGCUUUGUGACAGGUCGUGAGCAUGGAAAGAAUAUUAGGCCCCUGCUGAUCAGACCGAUCUGCAACAUUUUCUGCUUCUGGUCGGACAAAUACAAAACCAAGUGCUGGUGUGGAGUGCCACAUGACAGAGAAGAAGAAGACUUUGACCCUAAAGACAACCCUGACAACGAUGUCAAGAUGGCUCCCGUGGCUGAGAAAUCUAGUCAGAAUGGAUAUGAUAACAACUCUUGCAGGAAGCUUCCGCCUGGUUAUAACGAAGCAGAGAAGUCAUACACGAACACGAACGAGGAAAAAAUAUCUUAUAUGUAGUGAAUAAAGAUUUCCAAACGAAUCCCCCACUGUUAUACAGAUGGACCAGACAUCAAUGAUGCAUCUUGGGUAGUGAUGAGCCAAUCUGUCCCGUAUUCACAAAACUGCUGAAAAAUUAGCAAAAUGCACUGAAGUCAAUAGACUUUUAUUAUGGCUACUGCGCAACUUUUUUCACAUGCCCAAUUUCUUUCCCCACAUGCAUUGAAGUCAAUGGACAUUUUUACUCAAGUUUUUUUUCUCACUCCGAAAGUAUUAAAGUCAAUUGGCCACAAAUUCAAGCCUGGCGAAAUAAAUUUGCUCAUCUCUAAUCAUGGCACCUAUGGGACACCAUUCAUUAACUAUUGAUGUCAUCGUAUACACAUGAUCCUUCCUUCCUUCGUACACCCAUUGGCUCUGUAGGAAAUGUAACUAUGAACUGUAUAGUAUUUAUCGAUUUUUCAGUCAUCUUGGAUUCAGCUUGUAUGUCAGCGAUUAUGAAGGGAAAGACAAACAUGCAAUAACUAGAUAGGGCAAAAUUACAAAUUGGACAUUUUCAUUGGCUGUCACAGAGUAUUUCUAGACUCUGAAACGUUAAAAAAAUGAUUUGAUGUAAUGUAACUGUAAAUGUGUGAUGUUUUUGUUUUAUUAUUUUGUCUGAUUUACAAAAAUAAAGAGAUAUUACAUUAUUUAAAGUGAU